AUGGCGCUCAGCCCUCAAAUUACCAACUUGGUCAUCAUCCUCGUGAUGAUGCAAGUCUCCAAGAAGAUCCCCAUGGAGGAUCCCACCGUGCUGAACCUGAUCCGCACCUGCUACGUCGUUUCGAACAUCAUCAUCAUCUCUGUCUACGCCUACGUGCAUCUGCAGAUCAACAAGAAGAAGGACAUGACCACCCUCAAGUACGUCGAGCAGCCCCAGAUGGGAUCCAGCGAGGAGCCCAAGCUCAUCACCACCACCGUCCACGCCUAUGAUCUCGCGCAGAUGAAGGCUCUCUACAAGGCGCAACUCAUGGGUGUUGGCAUGAUGUGCGUGAUGCACCUGUAUUUCAAGUACACCAACCCCCUGGUCAUCCAAUCCAUGAUCCCCCUCAAGGGCGCAUUCGAGGGCAACAUGGUCAAGAUCCACUUGUUCGGACUACCCGCUUCGGGCGAUCUGAAGCGGCCUUUCAAGGCCCCCGCCGGGUUGAUGUCUGGUCUGCAAGGAGGUGCGGCUCAGGCACAGGACAAGAAGUCGAUUGCCGCUGCGGAGAAGGCUGGUCGGGGAGGCGUGAAGGAUGAAUAG